AUGGUGAUGCUAGUAGAGUUACAGGCCACGUGCAGUGCCCUUGGUUACCAAGAAGGAAAGAAAUAUGUCAAGGAACCAGAUUGUUUAGAGACAAUCAAGGAUCUCAUUCGUUUCUUGAAAAGAGAGGAUGAGACAUGUAAUAUCAGGAGACAGCUCGGGGAGGGCUGUAUUCUGCAGAAGGACAUUGUCCCCAUACUGAAGCAGUACCACACAGACAGAGUUCUGUUCGAGGCCGUCAUCAGGUUAUUGGUUAACUUGACCCAGCCAGCCGUUCUGUGCUUCAAUAACCAUAUCCCAGAAGACAAAACCCUGAGGAAUCAUUACCUGGAGAUAGAAUCCAUGCUACAAGAUUACAAGGAGGUUUUUGUGGAUGAAGAAUUGUUUGGUGUUUUGACAAGAAAACUAGGAGAUCUUUUAAAAUUGGACUGGGAACAUCGCCAAGAGGAGGACCGACUCCUCAUAGAGAGAAUGUUGAUCCUCAUCAGAAAUGUCCUCCACGUUCCUCCCAACAUGGAACGAGAACAGAGGACAGAUGAUGAUGCCAGUGUCCAUGAUCAAAUCAUUUGGGCCAUCCAUUGCAGUGGUUUGGAGGAUCUCUUGUUGUACAUUGCCAGCUCAGAGGAUGAAAGAAAUUUCUCUAUGCAUGUUUUAGAGAUUGUGUCUCUGAUGUUCAGGGAACAGACUCCAGAUAUGUUGGCAACUGCAGGUGUGAGCAGGUCUAUGACAGAGAAAGAAAAGGAUGAGAGGGAGCUUCAGAUGGUUUUAGAGCAGGAAAAAGCUCAGAAGAGAGCCAACAUGAGGAAAUUUAGCACUAGACAUUCCCGUUUUGGGGGAACUUACGUAGUUCAGAAUAUGAAGUCAAUCAGUGACAGGGAUGUCAUCUUCCACAAAAACCAGAAAGACGUCUCUAACCUUACGUUUGACAUCAACAAGAAACCAAAGAAGAUCGCCAAAAAUCGUCAACCAAUCAAAGACCAGGAAGUGACUCGACGAUCUACCCUGAGUAUCCGAUUGGGUUUGAAGGAAUUUUGUGUCCAGUUUCUAGAGAGUUGUUAUAAUCCACUAAUGUACGCUGUCAAGGACAUUCUGAACAGAGAGAAGGCGCAGGAUCAUGACGAGACCUAUUAUUUAUGGGCCAUGAGGUUCUUCAUGGAGUUCUGUAGACUACACAGCAAGCAGGUGGAACUCGUUAGUGAGACCAUGUCUGUGCCCACCUUCCACUACAUCCAGGUACAGCUAUUCCAGUACUAUGAGAUGAUCAUGAUGGAGAAGAAAGAGGCCAAAACCUGGGCUAAAAGGGUUCACCUUGCUCUGAAGGCCUAUCAGGAGUUACUUUUGACCUUGGACUCCAUGGACUGGUCAGGCAACAGUCAGCUGAUGGAGAGUGCAAAGGUCAUCAAAAGUAAUAUAUUUUACAUGAUGGAGUUCCGAGAUACUUUCUUAACAUUAUUGAGGAAGUUUAAUGAAAGCACUCAGUCAAGAACAUACCUGAAGGAUCUAGUGGAAUCAACUCAUCUUUUUCUGAAGAUGUUGGAAAAAAUGACAAAAGGAAAUUCCCAUCUUGUUGUUCAAAAGAAGAAAAGCAAAAGGAAAAAGAAGUCAAAUCCAAGAGCUGCCCCAGACCUACCAAGGGAGCCUACUCCAGAGGAGCUGGAGGACAAAUGGGAUGAUAUUUCGGGAGAGUUAUCUUCCUUGAUUCAGGGAAGAGGAGAACUGCCAACAGAUGUCUCUCCUUUUGAUGCUGCUUCAGAAGUAGAUAUUGACCAACAGAGGGUUGAUGCCAUGAUUCGUAUACAGGAUGCUUUGAGAGAUAAACUCCCUGGAGAAGCACUGGCUCUACUGAGGGCAGCAAGAGAGGUGUGGCCAGAGAGAGACCAGUUUGGAGCGGCAGACAUUGGACCAGAGGAGGAGUUCAUGGCAGUCAGGGAAAUCUUCAUGUCUACCUUACCUA